GCUCGCUCGCAGGCAUCAUUCGCGGUCCGACUGGGGCGUCGCGCGGUCGCAGCUACUGCUCCUGCCGGCCUCCAAUUGAAACUUUUCAACAUUCGAGUUUCACCGUCGAGCCACGAUGAGGCCCAGAGGGGUCCCCGUGGCGGUGCUUCUGCUCAUCUCCGCCUCCCUGGUAGUCCAGGCUUCACCAUCUGAGGAUCUGUACUGGGAGGGCGAAGAGGAUGCUUCCAACGAGUUCCUCGAGGUCAAGGACGAAGACAUCGGCAUCAGCGGUCACCUGAAGAGGCUGAAGCGAGAUUUCUUCGAUUUUCUAUCUCCUUUCACCACUUCGACUACGUCGACGACAACACCACCGCCUCAAGAGGAGAUCGCUACCGAGGAUCCGGACGCUGAUCAGACGGAAGAUGUUGAUCACGGUUCGGGUUCCCACGAUCCAGUCGAGGCGGAUCUCAAAGAAAAAACGUUACGCGUGACGUUUGUCGUGAUCCAGCCGUACCAGUCGGAGUACUCCAACAGGGAUUCAGAACAGUUCCAGAGCUUUUCCAAGGCCAUAGCCGACGCCGCCAACCUGCUCUACGAGAAACAGAAACUCCCCGGGACACAGAAAGCUAGUCUGGUCCGCAUACAGUCACGUAUAUCUGACGACUUCUCCUGCAAGGUGACAAUGGACAUCAUCACAUCAGGCUAUGAUGACACCGAUCGGAUUGCGCAAAUCUUACGAGACCACAUCAGGAACCAUUCUCGCCUUGGCUCUGUGGUUGUCGACAACCGAGAAGAAUUGAAGACCAAUGUCAUUGAUCCAGGGUACACCGAACCACAGUGCAGCUCGGAUGAAAUUCAGUGUGGCGACGACACGUGCGUUCCAGGCUCCCGUCGCUGUGACGGCAUUAACGAUUGCUCAGAUGGAUCCGAUGAAAGAGGAUGUCCUAGUGACAUCUGGUCCGAGCAGGAUAUGGACCAAAGCCAAAUUGCAACAGACUGCGAGCGUUACGCAUGUGCUAGCUCUUCUAAGACCAUUUGCGUUGAGAAGAGAUGCGACAGUUUCAUGGACUGUCCCGAGGGCGAUGACGAAGAUAACUGCAAAGCUGUGACUGAUCGUGAAAGCGAGAAUGAAAUACCAAGAGGUGAUACUGAUGGGUCAGUUGACGUUUUCGAUAGCGAAACUACUACUCCUGCGUCCACUCGUGAAACAACGACUCCUCGCGAGUCUUUCACGUGUCCCCCAGGAGAGUUCUCCUGUGACGAGACCAGAUGCGUGAGCUUCGAGAAGCGUUGCGAUCGCCGAGCUGAUUGCUACGAUGGCGCCGACGAGCAGGGAUGCGAUACUGAAGCAUGUGGUGCAGACGAUUUCCGCUGCGACAACGGCAAAUGCAUAGAAGCAGCGCGGCGAUGCGACCACAUCAUCGACUGUCCUAAUGAAGAGGACGAACGAAAUUGCGAAUGUCGAGACGGCGAGUUCCAAUGCCGCAGCGACGGAUCUUGUAUCGAGGGCAGGAAACGCUGUGAUGGCGUCAACCACUGCAGGGACAGUUCCGACGAACUCAACUGUGCCAAUGGAAAGUUUAGAUGCAGAACUGGCAAGUUAAUACCUGAAUAUCUAAGAUGCAACCGCCGUUACGAUUGCCCACAUGGGGACUAUUCCGACGAACAAAAUUGUCCAUGUGGUGACGGCGACUUCCAAUGCGAUAAUGGCAACUGCAUACCUGCAUCAAAGCAUUGUGACCGAACGCAUGAUUGUCAGGAUGGUUCAGACGAACGAGAUUGCAUUUACGGCACAGUAUGCAUGGCUUUUCAAUAUAAAUGCACGAGCGGACAAUGCGUACCGGCUGAAUCGGUCUGCAAUGGGACCAAGGAGUGCAGCGACUGGUCUGAUGAAAAAGACUGCCCUUGUAAACGAGGUCAAUUCCCGUGUAGGGACGGUUCAUGCAUUAAUAUAGCACUAAGAUGCAACGGCCACAUCGACUGCCACCCGAACGGCGAGGACGAGUUCAACUGCGUUCCAACGUCGCCGUGCCCUGAUGAUAGCUUCACUUGCCCCUCUGGGUCCAGCCGGCCUUGUGCUAGACGUUGCGAUGGAGAGGUCGAAUGCGACGGGGGCGAGGACGAGGAAGAUUGCGCAACUUGCGGUCACGAGUGCGAUGGAAUUUGCCUGGACGAUCAGAAGAUCUGCAACGGCUACUCUGACUGCUCCGACGGCAGUGACGAGCUGAACUGUGACCACUGUGACGGGCCUGACGAUUUCAGAUGUAACAGCGGGGAAUGCAUUAACGCUGUGCAGCACUGCAAUGGCAUAUUCGAAUGUCCCGACGAAAGUGAUGAGCUGUACUGCAACUCAACUAUGCUAUCGAAGCCAGGUGACUGUUCUGCAGACGAAUUCCAGUGCCGAGAUGGUACUUGCAUCAAUAGUUCUUUCUAUUGCGACGGCGGAAACGACUGCAUCGAUAACUCCGAUGAAGAGAACUGUCAAUGUGACGAGAACCAAUGGCAGUGUGUCUCCGGGAUGUGUAUUCCGGCGACGUCAUACUGUGAUGACCUUCCUGAUUGCCCCGACAAUUCAGACGAAUUAAAUUGUCCGACAACCCGGCCCUGGAUCACUACUUCCACUUCACGACCAAGCAAGAAUCAAAACAGCCAAACAACGCCACGAUCGGACAGUCCUUAUGGACAAGGUCAGUACCCCGGGGGUCAGACUGAAAACCCAUAUGGUGUUCAAACUGAAAAUCCAUAUAGCAACCGACCUGGGAGCCAACCAGGUGGUCAACCUACCGAUCCUUACGGUGGUCGCCCUGAAGAUCCCUACAGUGGUCGCCCUGAGGAUCCCUACAGUGGUCGUCCUUACGAUCCUUACGGUGGUCAACCUGGCGGUCAAGGUAGUCAGCCAGGUGGACAAGGCGGUCAAUAUGGAAGCCAACCAGGAAAUCAAGAUAGUUCGUACGGCGGUCAACCAGAAGGCCAGGGUGGUCAAUACGGCGGGCAACCAGGACAGGGUGGUCAAUACGGCGGGCAACCAGGACAGGGUGGUCAAUACGGCGGGCAACCAGGACAAGGCGGUCAAUACGGCGGGCAACCAGGACAGGGUGGUCAAUACGGCGGGCAACCAGGACAGGGUGGUCAAUACGGCGGGCAACCAGGACAAGGCGGUCAAUACGGCGGGCAACCAGGACAGGGUGGUCAAUACGGCGGGCAACCAGGACAGGGUGGUCAAUACGGCGGGCAACCAGGACAGGGCGGUCAAUACGGCGGGCAACCAGGACAAGGUGGUCAAUACGGCGGGCAACCAGGACAAGGUGGUCAAUACGGCGGCCAGCCAGGAGGACAGGGCGGUCAAUAUGAUGGCCAACCAGGAGGACAGGGCUACCCAUAUGGCCCUUCAUCAGGUGGACAAGACCAAAAUGGAAAUAUUGAUGGAUGCCCAAGGAACCAAUGGCGUUGCGAGAAUGGUCCUUGCAUAGACUCGAACCGCCGAUGCGAUGGGCGAAUCGACUGCCCCUUCGACGAUAGUGACGAACUCGACUGUCCCGCCGGCAGCCCAGCUGCUCUGAAGCUCAAGACGUAUCCCAGCCAACAAACUGUCAGAAAUAGAGGUGACGUAGUUUUCCAAUGCCGUGACGAGGGACCACUGAGGGCCCCCGUGAGGUGGGUCAGGGAAGGAGGGCGCCCUCUGAAGCCAGGCUCGACGGACAGACACGGACGACUCGAAAUGAACCAAGUUACGGCAUCCGACAGCGGCGUGUACAUCUGCCAAGCACCGAAAUAUCUAGGGAACCCUAAUGCCGAGUUGAGGGUCAUGCUUAACGUCGACCCUACACCUGUAACAGUGCGGCCGCCCCAGAUGACUUGUCUGGCUUACGAGGCAACUUGUGGCAAUGGACAGUGCAUCCCCAAGUCAGCCGUGUGCAAUGGCGUCGUUGACUGCGCUGACCGAUCUGACGAAGAGACUUGCCACAUGAACGGCAAAUGCGAGCCCAACCAGUUCAAAUGUGCAAACAACAAAUGCGUACUCCUGACUUGGCUGUGUGACUCCGAAAACGACUGUGGCGAUAACUCUGAUGAAAUGGACUGCGGCUUCGAAACGAUUGGCAACUGCAAGACCGUGGAGUUCUCCUGCUCUGAUGGCAGUCAGUGCAUUCCUAAGAGCUUCCACUGUGACGGCCAGAGCGACUGUUUGGAUGGAUCCGAUGAAAUUGGUUGUGCUCCUGUCUACGUGACAAGACCGCCGCAGCCUUCCAACGUGUUAUUGAACACCGGAGACACCCUCGUCCUGAACUGCUCAGCCACUGGCACUCCCUCACCUCUGAUCUCAUGGCGACGCAACUGGGGCGACGUGCCCGAAGUGUGCAAGUCUGACAAUGCCCAGAUAAACGGACAAGUUGUUGGCACUCUUACCUGCCCUAACAUGCAGUCUGAUUACAACGGAGCUUACUCGUGUGAGGCGAUGAACAACAAAGGAACAAUCUUUGCCGUGCCCGACGCCAUUGUCUUUGUCAACAAGACGAGCGUUUGUCCUAAAGGAUACUUCAACAGCGAGGCGCGAUCUGAGCGGGACUGCAUCCGUUGCUUCUGCUUCGGCGAAUCGACCCAGUGCCGCAGCGCGGAUCUGUUCACCUACAACAUGCCCACGCUCCUCGGCGAAGGAGGCACCCGACUGGUCGGCGUCAAGAACACCAUCAACGGAGAUAUAGUGAUUGACUCGCAGGCUAUCACCAACCAGUACUACUACCAGCCACUCAGGAAUGGGGCUACGGUGACGAAACUUGCUCGCUACAACAACUGGGGAAGCUCCAGCGCUCUCCCGUACCUGACGCUCCCGGAGACAUACAACGGCAACCAGCUCACCUCGUACGGAGGUUACAUUCGCUACAGACUGGCGCCACAUCUCAGAAGCUUCGGAGCUGACUUCGGCCUGCCUGAUAUUAUUAUCAAGGGUAAAUACCAGAACUUGGUGCACAUCAGCCGCGACAACCAGAAUAAGAUUGAAGCCCGUCUGACUCCAGACAACUGGGAGAAAUCUAGCUCGAGGGGUCUUGUACCGGCGACUAGAGAGGACAUUAUGAUGGCUUUGGACAACAUCGAGAUGAUCUUGCUGCGAGCGAGCGUGAACAACGCCGGCGUAAACAUAUCGGACUUCGUCAUGGAGUCGGCGAAGCACAUCAACGUGGGCCUGGGCGUGGCCAGCCUGGUCGAGGAGUGCUCCUGCCCGCCCGGCUACGAGGGACUGUCGUGCCAGAAAUGCGCCGCUGGCUUCGCCCGCAAGCAAUCCGGCCCAUGGCUAGGCAACUGCGAGGCAGAAGUGCCCGAGUGUCCUCCAGGAACCUACGGCGACCCAUCCAGCGGAUACGCUUGCCGACCUUGCCCGUGCCCGCUUACCAACCGGGAGAACCAGUUUGCCAGGACCUGUGCCCUCGGACCGGACGGAGAAGUGAUCUGUGACUGUGCCCCUGGCUAUGUAGGCCGCCACUGCGAGUCCUGCGCACCCAACUACGUAGGCAACCCACUGAACGUGGGCGACUCGUGCCGGCCGCAGCCCGACAGGCCGCGCUGCAGCGAGGUCGGCACGAGCCGCGAGCGACUGCCCGACGAGUGCGAGUGCAAGGACAACGUGCAGGGACGCUACUGCGACCAGUGCAAGAACGACUCCUUCUACCUGUCUAACGACUUCAGAGUGCGACUCGUGCCGGCCGCAGCCCACGAGUGCGAGUGUAAAGAUAACGUACAGGGACGCUACUGCGACCAGUGCAAGAACGACUCCUUCUACCUGUCUAACGACUUCAGAGUGCAACUCGUGCCGGCCGCAGCCCACGAGUGCGAGUGCAAGGACAACGUGCAGGGACGCUACUGCGACCAGUGCAAGAACGACUCCUUCUACCUGUCUAACGACUUCAGAGUGCGACUCGUGCCGGCCGCAGCCCACGAGUGCGAGUGUAAAGAUAACGUACAGGGACGCUACUGCGACCAGUGCAAGAACGACUCCUUCUACCUGUCUAACGACUUCAGAGUGCGACUCGUGACGGCCGCAGCCCACGAGUGCGAGUGCAAGGACAACGUGCAGGGACGCUACUGCGACCAGUGCAAGAACGAUUCUUUCUACCUGUCUAACGACUUCAGACAAGGAUGCGCGCUUUGCUUCUGCUCAGGAGUAUCCCAGCAGUGCCAGAGCAGUAAUCUCCGACGUAAGACCACGGCCGUUCGCUUCAACACCCCUGACAUCGUCAACCGAGUCAGGAUCUACUCCAGCAGCCCCACGGGCGGAUCCUCGGCCAGAUACAACACGCCAGUGGAGACCAAUUUGACUGCAACCUACGCUAGGGAGGAAUUGGUGCUCACCGAGUAUGACAGGAACCGCCCUGCUAUCUACUACUGGAGCUUGCCUAUCAACUUCGCCGGUGACAAGGUGACGUCAUACGGAGGAUUCCUGCGCUACACGCUGCACAAUGUGCCAUCGCCUGGCAGCGCCUCCAAAAACAACGCCGCUGACAUCCAGCUUAUCAGCGAGAACCACCUGACAUUCCACUACUUCGGCAACUUCGAGCCCUCUUACGACGGAACCCUUGAGGCAAGCGUUCAGUUCUUGGAACGUGGUUGGCAACGACCUGACGGCAAAGAAGUGUCGCGUGAGUUCUUCCUUCUGGCCUUAGCUGAUGUCAAGGCAAUCCUCGUGAAGGCGAGUUACACCACCAACUCGCAGCUGGCAUCCUUGGUGGGCGCUAGCAUCGACACGGCUGAAGAGAACGGCGAUGGAGCACCAGCCUACCACGUGGAACAGUGCGUGUGCCCUACUGGAUACAUCGGCACCUCUUGUGAAGACUGCGCUCCUGGUUACACUAGGUCUGAAAGCGGAUUAUACCUGGAACACUGCGGCCUAUGCCAGUGCAAUGGCCAUUCCAACAUGUGCAACCCUGAGACUGGAGUCUGCUUCGAUUGUCAACACAACACGGCUGGCGAGAACUGCGAGGAUUGCAAGCCUGGGUACAGGCGCGACGGAGCCAACUGUGUGGCCGACCGCCGACCCAGUUGCGAUUGCGAUGAACGCGGCUCUACCGGCUCAUGCGACUCCAGCGGCUACUGCGAGUGCAAGCAAAACGUCGAAGGGCCUGCUUGCGACACCUGCCGCCCUGGCACCUUCGGCUUGGACGCCAACGACCCACUUGGAUGCCAGCCUUGCUACUGUUCUGGCGUCACUAGCAGUUGUCAUGAGGCUUCGUCCCAAUACAUUCGCAUACCGAUGGCGGCGCCGGUGUUAGGCGACGACUACGGCGGCUACCGCCUCAUGGACGUGACCGCGAGCCGUGUUCUUACAGACGCCAUCGUAUCCGUACCCAUCGAGAGUGAACUCAUGUAUGUGUUCUCUUACCCACCGGACACAGAACUGUACUGGUCCUUGCCAGUAUUCCCAGGUAACCGCGUCUUGUCCUACGGCGGCGUAUUGCAGCUGAAACAGAAGUUCGAGAGUAGAGAUCCUAACUCAGUAUCUGAACCGGGCACCGACGUCAUCUUCGUGGGAGACGACAAGUCUCUGUACUGGAGCAACCCGCAACCCAUCAGGGCUGGACAAUCUUUGACUUACAAAGUUCCUCUGACGGAGAAGGGCUGGUACCUCCAGAACUAUGGUUUGCCUGCGAGCCGGGCUGACUUCCUCUCAGUACUUCGCAAUUUGAGGCGUGUACUUGUGAGGGCUACCCUUACCUUGAACAUCGAGUCCUCAUCCAUAGCUGACGUGCAAAUGGACACCGCCACAGAGAUGAACGACCCUGGCUUCCCACGUGCUACUGGUGUUGAGAUCUGCCGUUGCCCAGAAGGCUACAGCGGUACCAGUUGCGAAAGCUGCACACCUGGUUUCUACCGCGACGCGAGCCAUAUGUGCCAGCGCUGCGAGUGCAAUGGCCACGACUGCUACAUGGCCGGCAACGGGCAGGUGCUCUGCAACUGCCGGGCGCCCUACACUGGACGCGACUGCUCUAUACAAGGCCUGGUUAUGGAACUCCACCCGACCAUACUAAAGGAUCGAAGACCGCAGUCUCUGCUCCGACAUGUCAUACUGACUUGCAAGUACCGGGCGCCAGAGCCGCUUACUAUCAAAUUCUACGAAGAGGGUCGCGAGAUUCCUCCUCCGAAGUAUUAUAACGAGUCGAGCCUCGGCAAGGACGGAUGGCGAGGGGAGCACACGCUGAAUACGAUAUGGGACACCCGUCGUCAAGAACAGACUUUCGAAUGUCAUACCAUAACCCAGAAAGGGUUCACUCUUGGAGUUCUGACGACAAGUUUGCCGGAGCCAGGUGAACCAAGCAUUCAAGAUAACACAACACGUCCACCGCCGCCACGGACCACAGUCGUAGUUCAGAUUACCUCCCCGACGAUCAAGAUCCAGGAAGUAGGCAGUAGCGUGAACUUCACGUGCCAAGCGCAAAGCAGGAUGACUAAUGGAAAUCUGCCAGUGAGGUGGUCCAAGGCUGACGGAUACUUACCUCAGGGCAGAACCCAGAUCGACGGCAGGAGCGGAAUGUUACUCAUCACAAACCUUCAGGUCUCGGAUAGUGGCAAAUACAUCUGUCAGACAAGCGACGGUUUGUCUACAGCUCAGGCCGAAGCAGUUCUGAAAGUGCCUGGCAACGAGAUGUCAGUCCCCUCAGCGGAGAUCCGUCCGGCGAUCAACGACUACUUCGAAGGAGACCGCAUCGAGCUGGAGUGCGUGACGCGAGGCAACCCUUCUCCCAGUAUCACGUGGCAGAGAGCCUCUGGCCGCCCUCUGCCGGAGUAUGCGCAAGUCGUGAGCGAUGUGUUCAUCAUUGACCGCGCGCGGGAGGAAGACGCUGGAGAAUACAGAUGCACAGUGAAGAACACAGCUGGUGAGGACUACGGCAAAGCGGUGGUGAACGUUCGCCCGCGCCCGUCCCAACCGAUCCGCGAGAAACUGACCGUGUCCCAAUCCUCGCCGACCAUCUCUGAGGGACAGAACACGAGGAUCGUGUGCACAGGCACCGCUAAUGUCCCCGCCGGCUCCAUCGACUGGGUCCGACAAGACGGUGCCCAAUUCCAAGCGAACGUGCGUUCCAUCAACGGAGUUCUAUACGUGGACUACGCCAACCCUGAUAACCAAGGAGUAUACAUCUGCCGCACGACGUCUUACGACGUGGCCCCAGUACUGGUGGUCCUGACGGUGCUCUCUCAAGGCACUCCUCCGCCAGAACAACAGCCGAACAUAACCGUCUCAGUGAACAACUUGAAGAUACCAACCGGUGGAAGCGGAGCCGUAGAGUGCACGCCUAAAGGAUACCCACAGCCCCAAAUUCGGUGGAGGAAAUCCAACGGCGAGUUCGGAGACAGCACGAGCCAACGCCAGAACUCGUUGAUCAUCGCCAACGCCCGCGAGGACGACAAAGGCUACUACCAGUGCGAGGGCAUCUUGGACGGACAACCCAUCUCCAUCAUCUACGUAUACAUCGACAUCGAAAAGCGCGAGCGACCAGCAGUGGAGAUCUGGCCUCAAGGCGAGCAGGCGCUCAACUUGGGAAGCUCUUUCGAGCUGCGCUGCCGCGUCACGGCCGGCGUGCCUGAGCCCACCGUCACUUGGAGCCGAAGCGGCGGCAGACAACUUUCGCCGUACACGCAGCUGCAGCCCUACAACAUCUUGAAAUUCGAGAAGAUCGAAGUGAAUGACGAAGGCGAAUACUAUUGCUCGGCUUCGAACGUCGCUGGUACUGCCACAGCCAGCUCCACCAUCAAGGUUCGCUCGCCUCCUGAGGUGAUCGUGACUCCCAGCGACUUCAUCCAAGUGCAGUAUGGAGAGCCCGUCACGGUUGAAUGCCGUGCUAGAGGAUACCCCCUACCCAUGGUCUCUAUCAAGAGCGCAAACCGGGAGAUCGUAGCACCCUAUCCCGGCAUGGUCACCCUGAACAUUUCGUCGGCCAGUGAACGCGAUGACGGAUACUACAUCUGUUCCGCGACUUCGCCCGCGGGCACCAUCGAAGAGCAGUUCGGCAUCAGAGUCGAAAUGCGAGGUGACAUUGGCUUCGAACCCGUAGAAGGCAGUGGGGACAUAUUCGUCGAGCCCAACCUGCCCUACCCGCCUGAGCAGCCCAGCGACUUGAUUGCCGCCGAGGGACAAGAAACACGCAUUGUUUGCGAUUCGUCGACCGCCUUGGAUGUGCAGUGGACCAGAGCAGACAGAAGACCACUGCAGCCUAACGCGCGACAAAACGGAAACAUCCUGAUCAUACAACGGACUUCCAAACAAGACGCCGGACAAUACAUAUGCAACGUCAUGGACCGGUACAACGGCGAGGUGACCAAGUCGGCCACCACCAGCCUGGUCGUCAUGGCGCCGCCCAGGAUCACCCUGCAGCCGCCCACGCAAACCGUCCACCCGGGCGAAUCGCCCACCGUAGAAUGCGUAGUAGAGGGUGAACAGAUCGAAGAAAUCGUAUGGCGACCCCUCACCAGACCCUUCUCUAGCCGCGUGGACGCUCGCUCAUCGACCCUGAUCUUCAACCGCAUCGAAGUGGAAGAUGCCGGCAAAUACUUGUGCUUUGCCAAGAACAGAGUAGCUAACACGUCGGCCACCGCCGAGGUCGUCGUUAGCGAGGAUACCGAUCGCGCGCCGUCAGAGUCGCACGAUAACGAACAGCACGCGCACGUGGGAGCCGCCGUCCAGCUCAGCUGCAACGUGCAGCAGUCCCCCGCCGGCUUCCGGAUUUCGUGGACCAAAGACGGGCGCCCCCUCCCGCGCUCCGUCCACAAACAACCGGACGGGUCCCUCUACAUACGUCUCGCCCAGAAAUCCGACAGUGGCCACUACGUCUGCAACAUUCAGGACCGAUACGGACGCCGAACUAGCAAUUACAUCAACCUGCACAUUGACGGUGAUGAGGAUUGUAAGGAUACACAGUUUCGUUGUUAUGACAACACGGGUUGUGUAGACGUAGAUCUGCUGUGCGACGGAGUCAGUGAUUGUCCGGAUAAUAGCGACGAAGGGAACUGCAUUCUUCGGGAGAAGCGGAUUCGAAACCGGAACGCGGAAUACCGAAAUGCGGGUGGUGAGGUCAGAACCCUAAACCUGGUUUCCAUCGAGCAACCUCGCAGACAGUACAGAGUGGGUGAGAACGUGGAGGUGCUAUGCCGCGCCGGGUCGCGCGAAGUCCGCGUCUACUGGGAGAGAUACGGCACCAGGCAGUUUGUCGAGUCUAGGACGUUCGGAGACGGCGCCAUGUUACUGGUGCCCAGCGUGCAGGAGUCGGACGCCGGCCUGUACCGCUGCACCGGCACCGAUCCCUACGGCCGCUCUAGCUAUGAGGACUUCAACCUGGAAGUGAUUCCAGGAGCCGUCGUGUGGCCCGAGUAUCCUCCGAACGAAGUGGUGCAGUACACAGUCCGCCUGGGCGACAGCAUCGACAUGCCUUGCAGCCACAACCUGGAGCAGCCCGUGUCUGUGGAGUGGCGGCGCGAGUACUCGCCGCUGCAGCCCGAGGUUCGAGCCAACGAGCCAACUCUCCACCUGGAACGAAUUAUGGAGGCAGACGCUGGUACAUAUGUGUGCCGUGUGAGCAACAGCAGGACAGCAGUGGAAUCAAGGGCCGUGCUGAGGGUCGCUGGAGUGGUUCCAAGGUUCGACGGCAACAGCUGGAUCUCCCUGCCCACCUUGAAGGAAGCCUACAGGCAUUUCGACAUCGAAAUCUCGUUCAAGCCAAUCGACGGGACCGGACUGAUUCUGUUCAACAGCGAGAAACAAGGGCCUAACGGAGACUACAUCGCGUUGCAACUCAUCCGUGGAGUGCCUCAGUUCAUAGUCGACGUCGGCUCCGGGCCCAUAGUCGUCGAUGGAGACCGUCCACUGCAACUUAACACUUGGCACACAAUUCGCAUCAGCAAGACCAACUCUAAAAUAACAAUGGACGUGGACAACAACGGACCGACCAGCGUGAAAUCGACUGGCUGGGAGAUCCUGGAGCUGCUAGAGCCGCUAUACAUCGGCGGAGUCCGUGACUACGGCUCGCUGCCCGCUCAGCUCGCAGAAGCCUCAGGAUUCGUGGGAUGUGUGAGCAUGCUAAUCCUGGGUCGUGAGGAGAAGAACAUUAUGAUGGAACGUCUUGAGCAAUCGAACGUGCUGGAAUGUGACUCCUGCUCGCCUAACCUUUGCUACAAAAACGGAGUCUGUCAGGAGGCUCGUAACGAGCGCGGAUACAUUUGCCUGUGCGCAGCCGGGUUCGCGGGCCUGAACUGCGACCGCACGGGCGAGGCCUGCCGGCCCGGCCUGUGCGGGCCCGGCAAGUGCACCGACACGGCCGAUGGCUACAAGUGCGCUUGUCCGGUCACGUACACCGGCAAGAAUUGCGACGUGAAACAAUCGAUCGAAUACCCAGCGUUCACUGGAAGCGCCUACCUCGCUAUCAAGGCCCCGAAGGCAACACGAUUCUUCCGCAUGUCCAUGAAGGUCAAAGCUUCGGCUCCGGUGUCAGAUGGAAUCAUCAUGUACUGCGCUGAGUCGCCGAGAGGAUACGGAGGGUUCACCGCCCUCACCGUACACAACGGACGCCUGGAGUUUACUUACGACAUUGGAGACGGAAGCCGGCCCGUGGUGCUGCAAAGCAACAGGAGCCUGCCAGCCAACGAAUGGACCGACGUUCAGAUCGCGCGCGUCGGGCCCACCGUCACGCUCACUGUCGACCUGCAGUACAGCUUCCAAGACAAACUGGACUCACCUAAGAAUGACAUGAACUUGGAGACAGCUAUGUUCGUGGGAGGCGUGGAUGACUCCAUCGUGCUGAACAAGAAUGCUGGAGUUUCGGGCGGAUUCAGCGGAUGCAUUAAGGACGUCAUGGUAUACGGAGACGCUGUAGACAUCGUGGGAUCUUCCAUCCAGUCGGCGAACGUGCAAGAGUGUGGCAAAUACGACCGCGGCGACAUACCCGAGGCCGAAACCAUCUGCUCGCAAUGCCGCAACGGCGGGGAAUGUACGGAAGACGGCGCGGGCUGCGUCUGCCCUUACGGCUGGACGGGCCAGCUGUGCGAGACGCGGGUCCCGCCGCCGGCGCGGCGCCCGCCCGGGGACCCGUGCGCGCUGGGCCCGUGCCGCAACGGAGGCAGCUGCAAGAGGAACUACUCCAACAGGAUGAACUACACCUGCGACUGCCCGCUCGGCUUCGCAGGCAACAACUGCCAGAUGCCCCUCGAGCUCCGCGAGAAAGUUGGCUUCAACGGGAACGGAUACAUAGAACUGCCAGCAAGCGAGUUACGCUACGAUGCCUUGUACCGGGAGCCUGCGGUGAUCGCCAUGGCUUUCCACGCUAACAGCGACGGUGUUCUGCUCUACCAACAUGAGGUGCAAGCCCCAUACACCAACGGAGACUUCAUCUUGAUUCGAAUUGAGAACGGCGUGGUGGUGAUGGAAUGGAACCUCGGCGGUGGACUCUCCACUGCUUCCAUAGAGAACGCCUACGUGGUCGAUGGUGACAGACAUUCGCUGAUCGCAAAACUUUAUGAAGACGCCUCCGUCCAACUGACAGUUGAUGGCACAACAAAGAACUCCACCAGUACUGGCUUCACGAAACUUAUGAACGCUGACUCCAACAUUUAUGUCGGUGGCAUCCCCGACAGACUGAACGUUAACCAUUACCCGGGGCUGACCGGGUGCGUCGAGCAGAUUGAACUUAUGAACUCGGAACGCGGCAUCAACUUGGGCCGCACCGCCGUCGCCGGGCGCAACACUCAACGGUGCAGGAACUGAGGGUGUGAUGACGUGGACUUCAUGUAACUUCUCGUUUUAAGGUCAAUAUUGUGAAUGUUAUACAUUAUCUAUGUUAUUUAGUCUUUCAAAGUUCCAAAAAACUAUGCGUCAAUUGUAAACAAAAAAAUAUUCAUUGUAUCAAAAUCUCUAGUGAACUAUGUGAUUUCAAUUCAUGUUACAAAAUCUAUUCGGAUUGUUUUAAUUUGUGAAGAUUUUAUUGAAAAUUUACGUAACUUUUAGUACUAAGGACAUUUCAACAUUCGACAAUACGAAAUAAAUUUAGUAAUUAAAGUUUACUGUUAAAUAAUUCAUGUUAAUGUUAAUAAGAUUAAUGUGACCUAGGGGUGAGGCCCAGCGGACGCUGUGGCGACAGACGGUGCCAUAAGAUUGAAUAAUUGUAUGUAGCUAGGCAACUAUUUACUAAUUAUAUAACAAUUUUACAAUUCCCUUAUAGUAAGCUUGAUAGCAGUUUUAUGCUCUAUCGGUUUAUUUUAUGACGUUUUAUUUUUAUUUAUCGCAAGUUCCUCUUUUUGUACAUUGUUGGCUAUGGAAAUUGAAUAAUUUGCACAAUUCGUAUGACAAAGUUAUUGACAUGUGCCAAAAGUUAUGACUGGGUUAACAUAUUAUUUUAUUUUUUUACCACUGCCAUUUUUGUUUGCUUUUUAUUAAUAGAUUCUCUUCGCUUCGUGAAGCAACGAAUUCACUACUUUUAAGUAAUUAAGAUUUUUUUUUUCAAAUUCACAAUUAAAAUAUUUGUGAAUUGUUUCUUACAACUUUGGUGGCAUUUAACUUAUUUUUGUAGCGCCAGUGAUCGGCAAUCCAGUUCUUUGUAGUUAAUAAUAAAUAAUCGAAAUGUAUGUGCAUUAAAUGUGUUUAUAUUUAGCUAAGCUAAGGUCACCAUGUGACAUUUAAGAUUUCAAAGUAGAUACUGUUAAAGUUGUAAUGUCAUGUUUUAAUUCUAAAGUAUGUAUAUCGUCACUACUUUCAACGAACCUGCCUGUAACUAUGUUAAUAGACUAUCCAUGUAUUGCUGCUAAGUGAACAAAUAAAUCUAAAAAUAAACGAUGAAAUCUU